AUGAUUGAACGAUGUCUCUAUAUAUUUCCGCUUUCAGUUUGUUUACUUGUACCAAUUGCUUAUUUUCUUUCUUUUACUGUCGCAGUUAAACUUGGGCAUUCUAAAUUUGAAUUUCCAUUUCUAAGUCGUUCAUCUACUGAUUCGCCAGAAUCAUGCAUUUUCUCGCAAAUCAUUAAUUUUGCUUCUUUUGUUCUUUUCAUUACUAUCUAUAUACGUUAUCGUCAAUUAUCUCAACUUAUUCGCAAUAAUCCAACAUGUGGCAAAAAAUAUUCUCAAGCAAAUUUUAUUUUUUUCAUUUGUGGUUUAACAGCUGCAUUUAGUUUGAGUAUUAUCUCAAAUUUUCCACAUGCUAAUGUAUUUCCUAUUCGAUUGUUUGCAACCUAUUUAACAUUCACUGCUAGUGUCGUGGCACUCUACUGUGAAAUGCUUUUAUCAUCAUGGAUUCGACCAUUAUUAUAUUCAAGUCGAGUAUUACCAAUUAUUCGAACUAUAAUUACAGUUAUAUCAACUUUGGCACUUUUUGCAUUUUUUGUUUUUCAAACAAUUACUGUUAUCAAAUAUGAUAAUGAAAAAAAAAUCUGGGCACCAACAAGUCCUGGCUGGAUGUAUCAUUUAAGCAGUAUUAUAUCAGCAUGGAUCUUAACCAUAUCUCUUCUUGUCUAUACUCUCACACUAAUAUUUGAUUUUCGUCGUAUCAAAGUUAUAUCUCCAAAAAUUUUUCUUACAGAUGAUAUGAUAGAUGAUCAAGAUUAG